CAGAGAGAUUGAUCCAGUCGGUGCUGAUUCGGCAAGGAGUAUGGGAGGCAGUUAACAAUCCCUGUUGCUAAUGUGGAGGAAUUCCGCCAUGGAAGAACCCUCCACCUUGCCAGGGGCCAGUGAGCCAUUCACUCGGCGUAAACUGGGUGAAAAGCUUUAUCUGGAAUCGUCUGAUUUCAAUCUCCGAGACCCAAAUUGCCAUUUAAUGAGCCCAACAUAUCACAGUUUACAUGAUCCCUACCUUAAACAACAUGUUUACCGCAAGCAUAUCCACAGUAAUCUCAAGGAAAGAAACUUGAUUACUAGUGAUGAUAUGGUAGUAUGUUCCCGCAAGGAAUACAGAAUGUACCAGGAUUAUGUGGAUGAUAUCAAGAAUGACUUUCAAAACAACCAACAGAGGGAAAGACAGAAAAGGCUUCUUGAGCUGGAAGAGCAGGGUCUGAUUUUAGACAACUUGACUGGGGAAGAUAUCAGAACCUUCUUACAAACAAAUGAGCUCCCAAGACAUGAUGGACCACAGCAGCAGCAUGGACUGGAGCAAACAAAAAAGACAACCAUCAAAGAAAAGAAUGGACUGAAUGGAGGAAAGCUUCCGAGUAUAACGACACAGCAGACAUCUACAAGAGAUAAAACACGGCUACACCUCAAUGAAAAUGAAAUAAAACAUGAGUUGAACAGGAACAGAUACAUGAGAGACAUCCAGGAGAAAAGGAGACAAAGGGAAAUGAGUAUUUCCAAACGCAGGGCUGCAGCACAGCAGGCUGAAGUGGAUCGGUUGACGAAAAACCUGAGGGAUUUGGAAAAGAUGAGGGUACACACUAAGGAUCAAACAAAACUUCUCUAUCAAGUUUUUGGUAAAUCAACCUCAGGUAAGCUCCAUAAAAUAUUUGCAUUGGGGGCCACUCGGAGUGAAAUCAAGCAGAUGAAAACCAAGCACUUCACUGUGAACGGCCCCUUAACCUACAUUCCACAUCAUCUUCUGUGAAAGACCUGCGUGCCCAGAUUUCCAAACAGUUUUCAUCUGGGUUUGGGUUCAGGAGAGUUGGGUGGCCAUCCCUCCUUAUGUAUGAGGCCAGGAGGGUGCUUAGUACACUCAUCUGAGAAGUGUGUGAAAGGACAUCUAUGAUAGCAUUUGGUGGCAGUAUGUGCAAAUAAAAUAUUUGUAUUACAUUCUGCCUUUUAAGAUAUCUAUUUAUCUACCAAUCUAUCUGUGUAUCUAUCUAUCUAUCUAUCUAUCUACAUUUUCAUACCACACCCAAGGUAGGUCCGAUUCCUAGCUUCCUAUGAUUAACAGCACCGCUGCUGGAACAAAUUCUAGGGGAAACACUGGUCGUAUUUCUUAAGGAGGGUUUAAUCUCAUUUAUUGCUCUCUAAUAAAAUAUUUCUUAAGGCGGGUUUAAUCUCAUGUAUUGCUCUCUAAUAAAGCAUAAUUAGUUGUGUUUGUAAAAUGAAUGGACACAGCUACCUGAAAAUUUGUCACUGAAUUAUGAAUGAUUUAAUGUUUUUUGUAGUAAAAUCACCACAGAAAAUUACUGUGCCAAGGAGGCCCACACUCAGACCGCUUGCUCCUUUACCAGCCAGGGGACAUGACAUAACAACCCAGACAUCUUCACCAGACACCAAAUUGCUGUCCCCAUCGGUCUACACACCAUAUCUACAAUUGCCUUGUCUUGGCCAAUUGAAGAUGCUGACCAACCAACAUGAUCCCGAGCCUAACAAGAAGGCUAGAAUUACUCAGGCUCUACUGGACCACUUAAGCAGUGAUUCUUUUAAGAUGCAAAUUGCAGAGUGCAUCCAGAACGAGACUACACUGACGAGCGGUGAACGCCGUCCUCAUGUGGCAACCAGGGUGUUGAGGGGCAAGUUGGCUACUGACAUAUUACUGUGCCUUUUUCGCACAGUCAGGCCUUCCAAACUCUUUGUUGAGUCCCCUGAACAUCAUAACCAAUCUGAUACCUCAUCUGCAAAACAAUUUUACCCUUAUGUCACUGAAAUCAUUAACAGUGUCCUUGGGGAGAUCAGAGUUAAAGUUCUUGAAAGACUCCGUUUUGCUUCCUUAGGAAAUUCUCCAAAGAUAUCUCCUCAAACCUUUGAGAGAGCACUGAACGGGUUAAGCCUUGUUCUACAGAAUCUUGAGACAGGUUUAAUUCUUGUUGAAGCUAUAGCUGCAGACAUACAUGAACAAGCUCCAAGAACUGAAACUCCUGUUGAGGAAUCAGGGACUAGAACACUCGCAUAUCAAGUUGAAGCUAUUUCAGGUGAUCUUAUCAGAAUUGCACAUGGAAGUAUUGCUUGCAGUCCAUCAAAUGACGAGGCAAGAACCUCAAAGUUGCAAAGACAUGUUCAAAGCGGCAACACUCAAAAAAAAAGUCAGGUUGAACCCAAGGCUGAGGCUAUGAAUGCUCCCAUUGUGAAGAAAGAGGAUACUGUAUGGGAGGCACUGGACCAAAGUCAGCCAUUUGAUGUUGCAAACAAAACCAAAAACAUAGAGGCAAAAAUUUCUUAUAUUUACCCACCAACUAUGGCAGGUGCUAGUAGAGCUCUCUCUAGUACUUCCUCCUCCUCUUGCAGUGUGGCAGUUUUCCAGUCUGAAAAAUGUGGGUCCUUACAGGAAUCUGAAGUCUCUACACCAGAGAGCACUUCAGAUGAGCUUGAGAUGCUGGCAGGUGCCAGUAGCACUACUUCUGUCGCUUUAUCCUCUCCCACUGGUGUAACCACUUUCAAGACUGUAGAACGUGGGCCAAUUUCCUUUAAAACAGUUAAAACCUCAACAUCGGAGGGCCUUUUAGUUGAAGUUGAGACGGCAGCAGGUACCAGUUGUACUCCCUCAAGAAGCCUGGAAAAGUCCACUGAAGGAUCACCAAUAGACCAAAAUAACCUUGAUUGGAACAUUAAAGAUAAUGCCCUGUGCUCACUGCCCAAAGACACCACUGUUGCAUCACAGAUGUCAAAAGAAGUGUUUAAUUGGUCAUCAAGCAUGAUUAAUCAGCACCUUGCAGUUCAGAAUUCUCAAUCAGAAGAAAUUCAUUUGAGUAUGCCCAGUGUUGCUCUUGAUUCAACGUCCUCAGAUGCCAACCAAGUGUCUGUAGAAAAUGGAGUGUAUACUGCCACCAGAAGUCAGUCUUUACCCAGCUUUUUUCCAGUAAUUGCAGAUGAAGUAAUGCAAUAUCUUACAUCACCAAUAUGUAAAGAAAGGAUAACUCAAGCAAUGAAGAAUGAACUCAAACGUUCUCUUUCUGGAAAUGACCUUCCAUCAUCAAAUCUGAAUGUGGGGCCUGAGGAAAGGAGAGCUAUAAGGAACGUGUUUAAAAAAGUGUCCAAAGAACUAAGUCACAUACUGUCGAGAGAACGCAUUCUUUCCCUUUGGCCGAAUGAGACAACAGGGCCCUCCCCUGACCACGAUACUCUUCUCAGUCAAGUCAAUGCAGUUGCAUUACAACUAAUUGAGACCGUGUUUAGUGAAGUCAAGGAACAACUUGUCAAUAAAAUAAAGCAGGAAUCUCCAAAGAGGGGAGUUACUCCACUGGGCAGUCAGACAACAAUAAAAGCUGUAUGCACAUCGUUAGAGGACAUGAAAAUGACCUUGGGGAAUGAAAUGUCCUUUGCUUCUGCCAGUGGAAUGUUGCUGUCUGUGAGUUCUGAAAACGCAGAAGUUGGCACAGUUGUUCAAAGCCAGGUGGACACCAUGGCUGAGACCACUGGUGCUCCCAGUGGUUUAGAAGCUUUCAAGACUGAAGGAUCUCAAUCAGUCAUCUUACAGGAAGCUGAAAUCUCUUCAUUAGAGAUGUUUACAAAUGAGGUUGAGACGCUGGCAGGUGCUAGUGGUGCUCUCUCUGGUUCUUCAUCCCCCCAAAACAGCUUGGGAGUUUUCAAGAUUGAAGAAUCCCGAUCAGUCAUCAUACAGAAAGCUAAAGUCUCUGCAGAUAGUCCUGCGCUCUCUAAUGCUUCUCCUUCCUCCAGUUGUUUAGAGGUUUUCAAGACUGAAGAAUCUCGAUCAGUCAUCUUACAGGACGCUGAAGUCGCUACACUACAGAUGUCUGCAGAAGAGGUUGAGACGCUGACAGGUGCUAGUGGUGCUCUCUCUGGUUCUUCAUUCCCCUCAAGCAGCCUGGAAGUUUUCAAGACUGAAGAGGUUGACAUGCUGACAGGUGCUAGUCCUGCAUUCUCGAACACUUCUUCUUCAUCCAGUGGUUUAGAAGUUUUCAAGACUGAAGAAUCUCUAUUAGUUAUCUUACGGAGAGCUGAUGUCUCUUCACUAGAGGUAUCUUCAAAUGAGAUUGAGACGCUGGCAGGUGCUAGUGGUGCUCUCUCUGGUUCUUCUUCCACCACAAACAGCCUGGAAGUUUUCAAGACUGAAGAAUCUCGAUCAGUCAUCAUAGAGGAAGCUAAAGUCUCUACACUAGAGAUGUCUGCAAAAGAGGUUGAGAUGCUGGCAGGUGCUAGUCCUGCGCUCUCUCCACUCUCUUCUUCCACCACAAGCAGCCUGGAAGUUUUCAAGACUGAAGAAUCUCGAUCAGUCAUCAUAGAGGAAGCUAAAGUCUCUACACUAGAGAUGUCUGCAGAAGAGGUUGAGAUGCUGGCAGGUGCUAGUCCUGCACUCUCUAAUGCUUCUCCUUCCUCCAGUUGUUUAGAAGUUUUCAAGACUGAAGAAUCUCGAUCAGUCAUCUUACAGGAAGCUGAAGUCGCUACACUAGUGAUGUCUGUAGAAGAGGUUGAGACGCUGGCAGGUGCUAGUGGUGCUCUCUCUGGUUCUUCAUUCCCCUCUACCAGCCUGGAAGUUUUCAAGACUGAAGAAUCUCGAUCAGUCAUCAAUCAGGAAGCUAAAGUCUCUACACUAGAGAUGUCUGCAAAAGAGGUUGAGAUGCUGGCAGGUGCUAGUCCUGCACUCUCUGGUGCUUCUUAUUCCUCGAAUGGUUUAGUCGUUUUCAAGACUGAAGAAUCUCAAUCAGCCAUCUUACAGGAAGCUACACAAGAGAUCUCUUCAGAUACAGUUGAGGUGCUGGCAGGUGCCAGCAGCACUCCAUCUGUUGCUUCAUCCUCUCCCAGCAGUUCUCAGUGUUCUCGAUCACAGGAGAUUCAAUUGAGUGUGCCAAGUUUUACUCUUGAAUCAACAGGCUCAGACACCAAACGAGUCUAUACUACCAUCAAAUCUCAAUCUUUGCCCUGCCUUUAUCCAGCUAUUGCAAAAGAAGUAAUUCAAUAUUUUACUACAUCAUUUAAGGACAGGAUCACUCAAGCAGUGAAGUAUGAACUCAAACGUACUUUUUCUGUAAAAGAGUUGUCAUCCACACCACAACCAAAGCUGGGGCCUGAGGAGAGGAGAGCUAUAAGGACCACGCUUAAAACAAUAUCAAAAGAACUAAAUGCUUUAAUGUCAAGAGAACAUAUUCUCUCCCUUUUGUCAGUUGAAACAGCUGCUUGCGGCUCACCUGAGCAUGAUGUUCUUCUUGAUCAACUCAAUGCAGCUGCAUCACAACAAAUAGAGGCAGUGUUUAGUGAAGUUAAGGAAAACCUUGCCACUAAAAUAAACCAAGAGUCUUCUAAAAGGGGAGUAUCUCCAUUGGCCAGUCAAACAGCAAUGCAAGCUGUAUGCAAGUCAUUAGAAGAUAUAAAAAUGACUUUGAUUGGGGAUGAAAUGAGUAUCCCCUCUACCAGUGGAAUACAGCUGUCUGUGAGUUCUGAGGACACCAAUGUUGUUCAUGAAAUGUCAAGUGCAAACAACAUGUUACCUGGAGCAAAAACUCCAUCAACAAUUUCUCUCGGUUCUCAGACACCACAUGCUGCCACUAAGAGUUUGUCACUUCCCAAUUUUUAUCCCAUUAUUGCUAAUGAAGUUCUUCAGCAUUUCUCUACAACAUCAUUUAAGGACCAUGUUCGUCAAAUAUUGAAAAAAGAAUAUAAACGUUCACAAUCUUUGAAUGACAUAACAUCAGUACCACAACAGAAACAGGGGCCAGAGGAGAGGCAUUUUACAAGGGACAUGCUAAGAAGUGUAUCUAGAGAGCUAAAUGCUUCAAUGUCCAGACAAAGUGAAUCCAUGUUGCCUGAGACUCUAAGGCCCUCUUCGGCACCUAUAGAUGACACGCUCCUACGGCUUAAUGCAGUUGCAUUAAAACUUAUCAAUAGAGUUUAUGGCCAAGUCAAGGAAAAACUGACUGCUGCAAUCAAACAAGAAUCUCCAAAGAGGGGGUUGUCUUUUGUGGCUAGUCAGACAGCAGUUAAGGCUGCUUGCAGAACAUUAGAUGUUAUCGAAAGGACUCUCAUAGAUGGGGCUAGAAGCCCUUCCACCUCACCUUCGCAACUUCAAAAGAGCAAGGAUCUUGAAAGGGAGAUAGCUUCUGAGGAAACCUUAGAGGUAGAAAAUUCAUCAUCCAGUAUUGAUGUCGUCACUGAUGAACUGAUUGAGAAUGUGGUUACUAGCAUCUUUUUGGACACCGACUCUGCACUAUCUAGUAGGGCUGGUACACCUACUCAAAGAGUUGGAGGAGGCACGUGGUUAAAUGAAGUAGUCAAACAGUCCGUAAACAUGUCACCUACAGGAAGCAAGGCAUAUAGUACAAAGAGUCCAGAUGAUAACAAUGUCUCACUCCCUCUAGGAUCUUUCACUCACUUGCUGCCCAGAAUUACAGAUGAAAUUCUGGAACAUUUUUCCACGGCAUGCUUCAAAGACUGCAUAAUUCAGUCUGUGAAUAAUGUGAUGGGACAGCAUGUGUCUGCAGUCAAUAUCAAAGACAUAAUGGAGGUCAUAGUUAAGAGUGUUUAUCACAAAAUGGCUCUGUUGAUAAAUAGAAACACUGCAGACUCUCAGAUUGUUGAACACGAAAUCCCAAAACCGGAAAUGAAGGAACUUCCGGUCCUAGAAGUUGAGGAUCCAUGGUCUGCUCAUGAGUUGGCCAGUACUAUUAAACAGAUCACUGUGGCAGCUCUUAACCACUUGAGUACCCAGCUUAAAGAUAAAAUUAAACAGAAAUCCAGCAGUCAGGAAGAAAGUGAGUUAGUUAUCAAUGCACUGAGUGAAACUUUGGGAACUAUGGUUGCAUGCAUCAGCAACAUUCAGUUUUUCAGCGAAGAGUUACAUUGUUACAUUUGUAAGAUAAACAACAUUCCCACUCAGAAAUUGAUAGGACAGUGGAUAUCAUUAUCUAAACUAGACUUCAUUUCUAUAUGUCUAGCAACAUCUGUGUUAGAUGUUGUAUAUCAUGAUGACAGUGCAACUACCUCUAAUUCGAAAACAUCACAGAAUGAGCUUGAAGCAAAUAGUCGGUCAUCAGAAUCUAUUAUUGCUCCCUCAAAACCAGUAUGCCCUGCUACUAAAAUGUCAUUUCGAGCCAGGAAGUGGUCAUCAUGCUCAACCUUUCAGAAGUCUGCAGACACUGCACAAACCAUUGCAGUUUACAGCAAAAGCCUUGAAGUUUUGCCCAGGACUGACAUGAAGAGUGACAAUGAGGACCGACUUGAAAGCUUAUCAAGUUGGUCUAUGUCCACGUCUUCGAGUAUUUCAAGUCUCGAAGAAAAGAGAAGUCACCUCUGUUCACCUGUUUUAAAAAGGGUAACCGCCUCAAAAUCGGUCAUGAAUUUCAGCGAGGAGCUGCAAAUGGACUAUACAAUGCAGCCUAAACCUCCAUGCAAAAAAAGUGAUCAGUCUUUCCAAAAUCUACCAGUUCGAACCACAAAAACUUUCGGUAGGAGGAAAGUGAGAUUACACACAAUCUUCCGUAACCCUGAGGAGUUCUCUGAUGAGGAGUCCAGCAAUACAUCAUGCUCAGCUCCUGAGGACCUCCACACAUCUUCCUCCGAAGAGGACCUAUCAUUGACCUCCCACAAAAGGCAUUCCAAAUAGUCAUUCCCUUUAUCCCAUGCAAUAAUAAAAAAAAAACUCAUAAAAAUAAACUCAUGCAUUCAA